AUGUCGCAAAAUUCCUCGAACGACUACUUGUCGGUGAUAUACACCGGGUCGAUAGUACUCUUCACGCUCGCGUUGAAAGGAUUAUCGAAAACGGAAACUUCGCGCAUGGGUAACAUUUACGGCAUGCUCGGUUUUCUCGUCGCGUUCGCGGGGAUUUUAGCCUCCACCUUUGUGUAUUCUCGAGGGUAUUGGUUAUUCUUCGCGGUGGCGUUACCGCCGGGUUUGGUUUCGGUUUUCAUGAGCUUUCGCGUGCAGAUGACCGGGAUGCCGGUGAUGGUUGGAUUGUUCAACGGGUUUGGUGGUUUAGCGUCCGCGUUGCUCGGAUUGGCGUUGUAUUACGAUCAACACGAGAAGAUGCUUCAAGAAGCGAACGAUUUGUCCUCGAAUAAGGAGGUGUUGAGGUCGAUUUUUUACCUCUUUGGCAUCGUCGUCGGCGUGGUGACGUUCAUCGGUUCCAUCGUCGCCUGUUUGAAGUUGGCUGGGAAGAUCUCCACGAAACCGAUGAUUCCACCGGGGAGAGUCGUUUGGUUGCCCUGCUUGUUGGGCGGUAUCGUGGCGACUGGCGUGAUCGCGGCUAUGGGUGGUUUUGACGCGACUUCCGGCUCCGGCGGUUUGAUUUGCUUAUACGUCAUGACUGGCCUCUCUGCUGUGUACGGGUAUUUGUUUACCAUGGCAAUUGGCGGCGCAGAUAUGCCAGUGGUCAUAUCUGUGUUGAACUCUGGAUCCGGAUGGGCCGGCGUUUUCGCCGGUUUCAUGUUGGAUAACGAAUUGAUGAUUAUCGGCGGCGCUUUCGUCGGCGCGUCUGGGAUCAUUUUGUCCUUCGUCAUGGCGGAAGCGAUGAACCGAUCGUUGGUUUCCGUAUUAGCCGGUGGGUUCGGUGACACCGGUGGAAGCGCAAAAAAAGAUCCAAACGCGCCGGUAGAUGAUCGUGAACCGACUAUCUUCACCAAAGACGAUACCGUCAAAACGCUCAUGGACGCCAAGUCUGUGAUUAUCGUUCCCGGGUACGGCAUGGCCGUCUCGCGAGCGCAACACUCCGUGUGCGAGUUGACGAAAUUGUUGAGAUCGUUCGGGAAACAAGUGCGUUUUGGCAUUCACCCGGUCGCUGGGCGCUUGCCUGGCCAUAUGAACGUUUUGUUGGCCGAAGCGUCUAUUCCGUACGAUAUCGUGUUGGCGAUGGAUGAAAUCAACGACGAUUUCCCAGACACGGAUGUAUCCAUCGUCAUCGGCGCAAACGAUACGGUCAAUCCAGCAGCACAAACCGAUCCCACCUCUGCCAUUGCCGGAAUGCCCGUGCUUGAAGUCUGGAAAGCGAAGCAGUCGAUCGUUUUAAAACGAUCCUUAGCCUCUGGCUACGCCGGCGUCGAAAAUCCGCUCUUUGUGUACCCGAACAACGCGAUGUUAUUAGGCGACGCGAAAGGUACCAUCGAUGGUUUAGUCGAAGAGAUUCGCGCGAAUUACGGAGGCGAUUUACAAAAAGGUGACGUCGCCGUGAACAUCACGACGAAGAAAAAACAAGAAGCGGCGGAUUACACGCAGGUUCCGAAACCAUUUGCGGGUACGAAACCGUUGGUGACUUUGGGCGUCGUUUCCGAAACGAAACCUGGGGAGAAACGGUGCGCGAUGACGCCGGCAGUCGCUCGAACGCUUCUCGAAAAACACAACAUCCACUGCAUCGUCGAGUCAAAUUGCGGUUUAGCGUCUGGGUAUUUAGACGCUGAGUAUAAAAAGUGCGGCGUCGCUGUUGUCUCAUCGAAAGCGGAGGUUUACUCGAAAGUCGACGCGUUGUUGAAAAUCGGUAAACCGACGGACGAGGAGUUGACUUCGAUGAAAGGGAAAACAAUCGUCGGUUGGGUAUCGCCGAAUUUUCCGGAAUCCGAAGCUCUCGUCCAGAAAGCUGGGAGUUCAGGGUGUAACUUAAUUUCCAUCGAUUCUGUCCCGAGAAUCACGACGGCACAAAAGAUGGACGUUUUGUCCUCGGUCGGUAAAAUUGCCGGCUACAGGGCAGUCAUCGAAGCGGUGCAUAAGUUCCAAUCAUUCCUGGCUCCGCAAAUCACGGCUGCCGGGAAGUAUCCGCCGGCGAAAGUUCUCGUCAUUGGUGCUGGUGUUGCCGGUCUCGAAGCGGUUGGUGCGGCGCACUCGUUAGGGGCGGACGUUCGAGCGUUCGAUACGAGGUUAGAAACGCGCGAUCAAGUCGAGUCUAUGGGCGGUAAGUUUCUCGAGAUGCACUUCGAAGAGGACGGUACCGGCGAAGGUGGCUACGCGAAGACCAUGUCUCCCGAAUUUAUCGAGAAAGAAAUGGAAUUGUUCCACGAACAGUGCAAAGAAUGCGACAUUGUCAUCACAACCGCGGCAAUUCCAGGACGCAAAGCGCCGAUUCUGUUGAAGAAGUACCACGUCGACGCCAUGAAGGCUGGAUCUGUGAUUGUCGAUUUAGCCGCGUUGACCGGCGGUAACUGCGAGUGCACGAAAUCGAACCAAACGUACGUGUACGAAGAUAAAGUAACCAUGAUUGGUAACACGGAUUUGGUUUCCGGAGCUGCGCAAAUCGCUUCACAAAUGUACGCCACGAACAUGUUGCACUUAAUCUUGCACAUGUGCGGAAACCCAAAGAAACCGGAGGAAGGUAAAUUUCAAGUGGACUUUGACGAUAUCAUCGUUCGCGCGGUGACGGUUGCCAAAAUCGGUCAAGGUUUAACCUGGCCGCCGCCAAAAGGUACUGGACCACCACCGCCGAGAAUGGAUGCCAAGAAAACUGCCGGUGCCGCCGGUGAUCUUUCCAUUAAAAAGGAAAAAACGAUGCUGUUUGGCGGUAUCGUGAGCUUGAGCGAAGUCCUCGUGCUUUUAUUCGUCACCGGUUUCCUCGUCGUCGUCGGUGUAUUCUGUCCGCCGAGCUUCUUCACGUACCUUUUAUUGUUCAUCCUGGCCGCCUGGGUUGGCUUUUUGUUAAUCGGCAACGUCGCGAGCUCCUUGCACACUCCGCUGAUGUCCGUUUCGAACGCGAUUUCUGGCAUCGUCGUCAUCGGCGGUUUGCUGGCGCUCGAAGACUACGCCACCAAAGACAUCAAAGAUGAUAUGGACACUUUGGGAAGCAUGGCGGUUAAAAGAGGCGUCGGCGCGAUCGCGUUGAACGCGGUAGCUAUUUCCUUGGCCUUUGUGAACGUUGCCGGUGGUUUCGCGGUGACUCAAAGAAUGCUCGGAAUGUUCAAAAAGUCUUAA